AUGUCGACUAGAGACGCAGAGAAAGCCACUUCAGGCGGCGCUGCGCAGCCGCCGGUGCUUGACCUCACACAAGAGCCCGGCGGCGAUCCUAGUCUCUCCACCCCUGCGCAGAGGCAGCGCGCAGCUAGGCUGAGCCUAGGGACUCCUGCAGCAGCUGACUUAGGCAGUUCUGCUUCAGUUGCAACAUCAUACCAUGACGCACUUUCAGACAAGUCAGGCUUGUCUCCAUCAGCAAGGCGGGGGAAUCAGCGCCGCAAGGGGGCGGGAUUGGAGAAAAGGACGGCAGCGUGUGUGACCAUUCUGCAGAGCCGAAAUCGUGGGGACGUGAAGGUGGAAAUGGAGCUGCUGGAUGAGGCCAAGACUGUAAAAGCCUUUCUGCACAUUGUUGAGUCGGUCGCUCGGAGUUUGGGCGUCGAGUGGCCCUCGUGCGUGGAACCAAAUCAGGGAGCUGUUUGGUUGGAGGACUACAAGGGCAGGUUGACAGACACGCGGUUGGCUGAGGAGGUCCUGCCAUCAGACGCCAAGUUCAGGAUUUUUCGGGAGAGCGAUCGAGGGCAUCCUGACGGCAUGAAGUUUGACACCAUGUACAACCUGGUCCCCAAAGCCGGAGUGCUCACUAGGUCUUCCACCCAGUAUACCUUCUACACAGCAGUUGCUGAGCUCGUGGACAACUGCCUCCAAGCGAUCUGGAUGGAACCACUCGAUACUCACCGGAGGAUCAGCAUCAAGAUCACAGACGCGUCGGUCGAGAUCACGGACAGCGGCUGUGGCAUGGACGAGCAAGAGAUCAACUCCUGGGGAACCGUCGGCGAUUCCCGCAACGUCAACGUGCACGAUCUCAGCACCAAGGUGCCCCCACCCUUCCGGCUCCCCUACAUCGGCAAGUUCGGGGUGGGGGCCAAAGCAGCGUGCUUCCACCUCGGCAGAGCGGCCACCGUUCAAUCCAAAAAGCGAGGGGCGAAGCAAGUCACCGAGCUGAAACUAGACAUGGACAAGCUCGAGGAGUCGCAGUGGCAGGCCGCCGGCAGCGUCAACAGCGAUCCGGAUCCGUCUCAGGUUCCGUACAAGGGGUUCACGCGGGUGACCAUUACCAAGCUGAACGCAGAGGCGUGCACAUACGACAGCGCCAGAUUGCGCACCUUUAUGAAGGACGUGUACCACAAGUAUCUUCUCCCCACAAACGAAGCUGCCGAAGUCAGACCCGAUCAACGUGAACAAGGGCCCGUGAGCAUCUCCAUUGACGGGGGAGAAUUGAACGACGAGUGGGAUAGCGAAAUCCAGAGGACCGUGGCGCUUGGCAACUUCCAAGAAAAGGGAGGCCCGCUUAUUGUUGACCUGGAGUUCAGCAAGCCCGCUCUCUCCGCCUCGAGCAAUCCGGCCGCGGCCAGCACCAGCACCGGACACAGCAUGGAGCCGACCAGGGCACGUGCCCGACUGGAGCUCUUCUACCUGCCGUUUGCGGACGGGGAGGAGCAGCUCGAGUCGACCCUAGAGGCGAAUCCAAAUCCAGGCGUCACGUUCAGCACCGCUUGGCGAACUGCCUUUUGCUGGAUGGCCCGGUGGCUGCCUGAUGCCAACCUAGGUUUUCCCGGUCUGCCCUUCCAAAGUCUGCCCCCACGCGCGACACAAGCUCAAAAGGCCAAGGAACCGCCACCCACGGCUAUGAACCGGGUGAGAGGCAUCGUCUACCUGGACGGAGGCUUCACCCCCUCCGAGACGAAGACGGCGCUCGCGGUCGACAAGCCGUUCAACAGGGCCCUGAUGAUGCUCGGCGAGAAAGACGAAGUGGUUGCGAAGAGCACGGCAAAGGGCGUGAAAGUGAAGAUCCGAGUGCUGACGUCAGGGCGAAGUGGGCCGAGGUGGGACGAAGUGACGAACGUCGGCAAGUUGGCGGAGCAGUACCGCAACUGGGUGUUCAAUCAGCACAGGCUGCUGGACGAUGAGGUUAAGUGCGACCAGGAGAGCAAGGUGCUCGUGCUCUGCGACGACCAGCUCCGCACUUCUCUUGGGGGCAUCGACCUCGAGAUGGUGACGUUCCUUAGACGGGCCCAGAUUCCCAUCGACGGCAAGCCGGGAACCUGGGAGGCGUCAGCAUCGGACGGCUCUCAACAGCUCCGAGUGAAGAUGGCCAAGGGCCGUUUUGCGACCAUCGAGUGGUUCCUGUACCCGGGGAUGGAUGAAUCGCCCGCUGACAUCCGGUUCGUCUACCGCCCCCACGAUCGAAGCCAACCUGACAGAUGCCGGUCGAGCGUCCUGACCGAGAGGGGCGAGUUCCCCAGAUUCCGCCUGGGAACGGGCUGCGAGAUUGCGCACGUGAAUCGGAUCAUCCUUCAAGACAUUGUCCGCGUGAACCCGGCAGACUGGGCGAAGAUGAUUCGCGACGAGGAGGCAAGUCUGCCAGGUUACGUGGACAUUCUGAACGAGGAGGAGGCGGCCGGGGCUGGCGAAAAGGCGUUUCCUCACGAUGGUGCCGAGCUCCAAGCGGGCGAGAAGCUUCCCAACGCUGGCGUUCUCGUGCGGCCACGAGUAGAGUCGAAGGGCGGACGGCUCGCUAAAUGCAACAUUGUCCAGAAACGACUUGAGGUCCGACUCGAUGUGCAAUUCACGAGCACGGCCGGAGAGGUGGGCGAGUACAGUCACAAAGAGGCUGCGGUGUGGUUGGAAAGCCAAACCAAGAUCAAAGGCCCCACGUACUUCUUCACAUUCCCCACGGUCAAGGGCAAGCCCUACUUGUGGGAAGCCGGAACCUACAGGUUCACUUUCGUGGUGAGCGGCCAACACGACCCUCCUGUAAAACCGCUCGUCCGGACCAUCACGGUUCGACCGCGCGACACGGUGGCCAAGUGGUGGCUUGCCGAAGCAACCAGUUCUGACGAUGCUCUGCCAGUCCGGCUUGGGAUACCGUUCAAUCUGCGGGUGCGACAAGAAGACAAACUGGGGAAUCGGAAAGCGUUUGAUGCUCCUCUUCCCCUCCGGCACAAGUUCUUCGCAGCAUUGCCUCCUUACUCGGCAAUCGAAGCCGACAGGAUCAAUCUCAAACACGGCGAAUCAAGCGUGUCGGACGAUGGCAUGGAGCUGGAAGUGGCUGACAUCAUCCUAACGUCAGCACUCACACCGGAGCUGCGGGAGGUUUGCCUGCGGCUGAUGCCGGCGUCAGACGCGCCGGUGUUCCGGCACGUAGUCAGUGACGUGUCGGAAGAGACGGCGGACCGCAAUAAAGCCGAGAUCUUCCUAACAUUGCAUUCUGGUCCUGGUUACGCGGAGAGGUGUUCGUUGCAGAGCAACCCGCCCUUGGACGGCACCACUGUUCUGCGACCGGACCAAGUCUUCGACUCGUUUGUGAUGACCUUCCGAGACCAGUUCGGCAACCCCCUGGAAAAGGGGACGGAGCUCACGAUCGACUUGGACGGGUUUGAGAUGGGAGGCAACAAGCACCUCGUCAACGAAACAGACGAGAACGGCCAGAUUAGCCUGGGUGGAGAGCUGACGGUGAGCGGGACAUACGGCUCCACCUGCAAGAUCGUUGUCAGCCAAGGCGACACCGAGCUCCUGAGCAAAGCGGCCGAAGUCGUGGGCUUGCACAUACACCUCGAAGACGGCGAAGAACUGUCGGGUAUCGCCGGGGGGGCCUUGGAUGAGGUUACGAUAACCCUGGUAGACCCGGACGGUAACUUUGACAGCGACGCGGAAGGGUCCUGGGCUCUCUGGCUGGAUCCCAAGGCGAAGAAGGCCCCCCCCGGAAGGACUUUCGAGAACGGCCGGGCGGUUCUGGAAGGGGUGGUUCUGCCAAGGCGUCUGGGCGUCGUCGACGGACUGCUGAAGGUGACCGUUCAGAGAGGGGGCCUUCGGACCGACCUCGAGAAGGCUGUCAAGAUCCAAGUCAACGCCGGGCCCGUCCGAAUGCUGGACCCCGUGUCUAUCUCCGGGUCGGUGCCCUGUGGGGCCACUUCCAAGCUCUCUUUCCGGUCGUUCGAUGCGAACAAGCUGGCUGCACCUCUCCCUAAUGACGUCCUCCAACAGUUGCGGCUCUCCCUCGACGGCCAGGCACAAGACGCCGCCACCCUCGGACACGUGUCUCAAGCGGAGCUCGUAGACGGGACCGAGAACGAGUACGCAAUCGACGCGCGCUUGGAAGGCGUGGCCGGAAGUUACCACCUGAAGCUCUCCCUCCCAGAAGUGGAAACGAGCAGGGAUUCAAUGGAAGAGCCGAGAGCGGAGGCACGGUUAGCCGCGAAGUGGAAGAUUCGGCUGUGCGCGGGGGAGUUCGAUAAGCUGGAGGCGGUCAUGGAGGAGUCGCCGGUGACCACAACGAUGAGAAUGGUCCGGGGGGAGUGGCUGGACGGGCUGACAGCGCGCGCGUUUGACUCGCAAGAGAAUGUCUGCACGCAGCGUGACAGGGAGUCCUGCAUCGUGGAGAUUGCUCCGGUCGGAGCGCAGUACGAUGCGGCGGCAGCAAGCCAGCGCGCGCGGUGGGUGGACGCUAUGCGCAAGGGCAAAGUCACGUUCAGCAGAACGCAAAUAUUACUUGAAGCCGGGAAAUACCGCGUCCACUGCUGGCUGGAGAACAGUCUCGAGAAGCCCACGACAUUCGAUUUGAGAGUCGAAGAGGGAAACUACCCGCGGGAUAUCAGGCUUCCGGAUCCUAGCCCAAUGGCGGUGGACCUGGGGUCGGAGUCGGGGACUGUGCUGGAAACGCUGUACGUGGACCUCCUCUCCGCGGAUCGCUGCAGAUUGCGGAGCUUGGAAGAGGUUGACCCUCCGGUCUUGCAAAUCAAGCGGCACGACACCGGUGAAAUGGUCGGCAAGGAACUCAUCGGACGGCUUCAAGCGGAGGACGAAUGUGCUGACCGGGAAGGGGGCGCCGGAGAGAACAGCGACGAAGCCGGCCCGUCAGCGCAAGAGCGCCCUGCCAAGCGCGCGCGCACCAAGGACUCCGUCAAGAAAGAGAAGUCCGUCAAAAGCGAAGGCGCGGCAGAAAACGAGGCCGAUGAGAAGGUCACCCGCUUCUCUUUCGUCGACGUCCCGGUGCCUACGAAGGCCGGCGAAUACUUCCUUGACUUCUCCCACACGCACGAGUACAAACUGGGCUCUGGCAGAAAGGACACAAGGACACGUGUCAGGUCCGUAGAGGUCCGGCACGGUCUCCCCGCGGAGCUGCACUUCGCAACUAGGAUGAGGAAAACGGUCGCGGAAGGAGAAGAGCUAGCGGAGGCCGGACGCCCGGUGGAAGUGACGCUGCGUGACGUGCACAAAAACGUUUGCACGAGAAUCAGCGGCUUGGCGGUGGCACUUUUUGUGAGGGGCGACCAAGCGGGAAGCAGCAGUGCGGAGGUUCCGGAGAUAGUUUCCGCUGUCGACGGCGGAACGGUCGAGGCGGUUGUGACGGACGGAAAGGCGGUGUUCGAAGCGGUGAAGAUGGGUUCCGGCGGAGCGGGCAUCUACAGCUUUGCGUGCGGGCUAGCGGAAAGCGAACUGGCACGGGAGGAAAUGAAGGAGUGGAUGAAGAGCUUGAAGGAGGCGAAGUCGCAUUUUGUAUACCGCAAUCCGGAGGAGGAGGGGCAUGUUCUGGGUGAUAAAGCUCGGCUCACCGGAGCUCUGAGAGACGCCAGGAACAAGGAGGCCAGCUUGCGAUCCGCGCUCGAGAGACUCGUCGCCGAGCAACUCUCAAUCAGCCAGAAAGCGCAGGCCAGCGCCAGCAAGCGCGCGCACAUCCAAACCGCGCGAAAACAGUUGGCGACGGAGCUCGGUGAGCUGGAGAUAAGAGCGCGCGCCGCGGCCCGGCGGAUCCAUGAACUAGAGCGAGCGGAGACGGCGGCGGGGCAGCGGAACUCGCGGGCUGUCUUGCAGGACUUUCGGGGGAGGCGGCCGUGGGCUGCGGUGGCACAACUAGCGGUACAGACCCCUGGUAGCGGCCUUCACCCCGACGACUUUCGGCAGGCGGACCUUGAGCCUGAGCUCCUAGGCGUGGUCGCCUUUCUGGGACGGGUGGAGGACGAUACGCUCAAUACCCGGCUCAUGGAAUGGAUCGGGGGCAAGAAGGACAGCGUCGUCUGCAGGACCGAGGAAGGAAGAGCCGCUUGUAUCGACGUUCGCUCGCCCAACGGCUCGAUCGACCGUACCCGUGGACUGGCAGGACUAGCGGGACGACUCAACGUGGAGCUGCGUGGCCGCUAUGACGUCAUCCCGCUGGACAAGCCGGGAGUCGCCCGCAACUUCUUCUCUGGGCCGAUCUUGGAGAAUCACCAGCAAAAGCUGCUGAGCAUCGCUUCCCCCAUGAUCCGCGGCCAGCCGCCUGAAGGGUUCCUCGGAUACGCGGUCAACUUGAUUCAUCUGUCGCCGGAACAGCUGGACGUCGACAUCCGGGUACCUUCUGAGAGCGGAACGCGCACGUACGGGCUGCGGGCGUCGCUCUUCUUUUUCCUUUUCGGACGGCUGCAAGUGUACGAUACGGACGCCCACAAGCGCGCGGCCGCGCGCGAGCUUGGAGGGAACUUCAAUGCAGUGACAAUCGGCCCGGGGUCUAUCACGCGACCUGACCGUGAGGUCAGCGGCUUCGCCCCUGAGGACAUCCCCGGGGUCAACUUCGAGCGCGUCCCCUGGAGCGAGCGCAAGCAGUGCAGUCUCUACCCGCCGGAGCUUUCUCGGUGUCUGGACAUCACGGAGGAGUACACGCGGCUCGAAGCAACGCUUUCACAGCAAACCGACAGACUGCGAGAGCAGGAUGUGGAGUGCCAGGCUUACGAGCAGAUGCGCGCGACACUGCAAGAAGAGACGUCGGCGGUCAAGCGUCAGCUGCAGGAGACUGCUCGUGAGAUUGCCAGCGUGCAAGGAGACCUUCAAAAGCUGAUGGAUCACGCCAAAGAGUGCGGAAUGGGGAGGAACGCACCGGAUGGCAGGGCACGAGAAGAAGAGGGAGGGCAAGGCGCUACGUGGAGCAACAAGAAGCCAAGACGAGCUUGAUAGGGCUGACAUAGACUGGAAGCUGUGAGAUGCGAACACUUACAUGUAAAAGAAACACGAGUCUUGGAUUUUCGGAGUUCGAGUGUAGAUAUAAUCGGUUGGUCAGCGCGCUCAUUGUACAAGUUUUUGGCUCAGACGUUACUUCAUUGUCAGUAGACCCAGCAGUAUAGGGCGUGACGACGGUAGUACUGUAAAGUUUUUAAA